AUGCCUCCGAUCCCGUGUAUCCCAACCACACUGGAUUCCUUCCCAUCCUUCUUCAACAUCAACAUCUCCUUUACCUUCAUUUUCCCCAGUUCUAAUCCACUUCCACCUAAAUUUACCAAAUUGUCCUCGCACCACCGUUCUUCCUCCUCCACCCUCUUCACCGCCGCCCCCAACCACCCACCUUCGCCGUCCACACCGAUUUUCAUCGCCCCAAGCCGCCACUCGAGCCGAUCAAACCUCUCCGCCAUAUCCACCCUCACAGACGUUUUUCUCCAAUUUUUCCAUCUUCUUGGCCAAUCGAAGAUUCCGGAUGACGUUCCAACGGGGAGAAUUGAGGACUUUGUUCGCCAACUCGAGGCCGCCAGAAAGUGUCUCGGAAAAGUGGUCCAGCUGGCGCUGGCGGUGUUGCGGGAGCUCGUUCCCGGUGAGCUUGAUCUCCUGAAUGAUCGGGAGAAGUUCCCCGAUGUACUCAAUAAGGUGCUCGGCGCUCGAGCGGCAAGCGGCGGAUUUGCGGGAGAUGGCGAUGAGCUGCUUGAGGAGUUCGGUGGCGAUCUCGCCGGCGAAGAAGUCUGUAACCGCCAUGGUCUCAGCGGGGUUGUGUAG